CCACCUUUUAAGUGCUUUGAAAUUUUCCACAUCCAUUUAUUCAUCAUCAAUUAGUGAUCUCUUCCAAUUCCAUACUCUCUCUUUCUCUCUCCGUCUCUCUAUCUCAAUGAAGUAUCAAGCCAACGGUCAGCUUCCCUAUGGGAUCAAAAGCCAGAAUAAGACCACAAAAUUCGUCGUUAUAGCGGUCAUGUCCCUGGUCCUAUUCACAACCGUCCCUCUCUAUUACCCUUCUCUAACAUACUCUUCAUUUAUCUUCACAAGCUUCAACUCGGAUCACGAGUCCUCCUCUCCUAAUUCGUCGGAGCGCUCCGAUGAGUACGACGGAGCCAUUCCGACGUCGUCGACGCACAAGUGCGACAUAUUCUCCGGUGAGUGGGUCCCGAACCCCGACGCGCCCUUCUACACGAACAAGACAUGUUGGGCCAUUCACGAGCACCAGAACUGCAUGAAGUAUGGGAGACCCGACACCGAGUUCAUGAAGUGGAGGUGGAAGCCGGACGGGUGUGAGUUGCCCGUUUUCAACCCGGCUCAGUUCUUGGAAUUGGUCAGAGACAAAUCACUGGCCUUUGUGGGAGACUCCGUGGCAAGAAACCAAAUGCAGUCCCUCAUUUGCCUUCUCUCCAAGGUGGAGUAUCCCAUUGAUGUCUCAUACACCUCAGAUCAAAGGUUCGCGCGGUGGAAGUACACCACCUACAACUUCACUAUGGCCACCUUCUGGACACCCCAUCUGGUGAAGGCCGAGGAGUCCGACUCGAAUGGCCCUACCCACACCGGUCUUUUUAGCCUCUACCUUGAUGAGUUUGAUGAGAAUUGGACUACCCAAGUCUCUGACUUCGACUACAUACUCAUCUCCGGUGGCCAUUGGUUCUACCGCCCCGCCGUCUUCUAUGAGAACCGCCGUGUCGUUGGCUGCCAUUACUGCCUCCUCCCCAAUGUCACUGACCUAGGCAUGUACUACGGCUACCGAAAAGCCUUCAGAACCGCUUUCAAAGCCAUCAAUAGCCUCAAAAAUUACAAAGGAGUCACUUACUUAAGGACAUUAGCACCUUCGCAUUUUGAAGGUGGGCUGUGGAACGACGGCGGGAACUGCAUCAGAACGAGGCCGUUCAGGAGCAACGAGACCCUCUUGGAGGGUCAGAGCAUGGAGCUUUACAUGACUCAGAUUGAGGAGUUUAGGGCUGCGGAGAGGGAAGGGAAGAAGAGAGGGCUCAAGUUUAGGCUUCUUGACACGACACAAGCCAUGUUGUUGAGGCCUGAUGGUCACCCUAGUCGAUAUGGGCAUUGGCCACAUGAGAAUGUGACGCUUUAUAAUGAUUGUGUGCAUUGGUGUUUGCCUGGCCCUAUUGAUACGUGGAAUGAUUUCUUGUUGGAGAUGUUGAAGACCGAGCGUCUAAGGUCGGCUGAAGAGAGUCUUCAUUCUAAGGACAGGAAGUUGCUUGUCAGAUAGUUUGAUUCAUGUUGAUGCUGAUGAUGUUGUUGUUGUUUUUUUUUUAAAAUUUAUUUAAUAAUUAUUUUCCGAUCAUAUUGUUUAUGUAUUUGGAUAUAUGCCCAUUAAUUGGCGAGAAAAAUAUAAGCUCAUCACCAAUGUAAAUGUCAAUGUUAAAGUUA